ACCAUCACUAUCACACACGUAGUAAAAAAGUUGGCCAAAAACACAGAUGAAACGGGAAUUGUGUGUUAAAUCAAUAACAAGCGAUUAAAUCUGCUGAGGCUUUGGCUGAUUUUGGUGCUGUCCGUGUGUGACAGCGGUGAUAGUGACUGGGAAUCCCCAAUAUCAGAACACUUCAAUAUCGGCCAACCACCGCCCCUGGAAAUCAUGGAGAGCACGGUGGUCAACGCGGUGUACGAUGACAUGAACUUGUACAUCACGCCGGAGAGUUUCAUCAUCGAGCCGAAUGGAGGCGCCGAGGUGCUAGUAGUGGGGCGCCACGACAAGUUCACUAGGGUUCAGCCAGCGAGCGGAGGUCAGUUGGCCAAUUUACGGCCAACGAGAAGGAUUUGUGGUGUCUUAGGUACAAUUCACUUGCUGAGCUGCGACUACCUUUUGGUGGCCACCCACCGACUCUUCGUGGGCGUGCUCAAUGGCUCCGUUGUGUGGAGAUUAGCCGGCUAUGACAUCAUACCCUACAUUCCCAAUGCCAUCCAACGCAAGGAGAACGAGACAUACUUGAGGCUGCUUCGUCAGACACUGGACACUAAGUUUUUUUACUUCUCCUACCGCUACGACCUUACCAAUUCGCUUCAGCGACAGAGGGAAGUGGCCCAGUCUCUGCCGGAACAGUCUGGGUUGCUGCAGAGAGCUGAUCAGCGAUUCGUUUGGAAUGGUUAUGUGCUGCGACAGUUCCAAUGCGACAAGAUGGAGAAGUUCCAGCUACCACUGGUCUUAGGUUUUGUAUCAAUAAACCAGGUGCAGAUUAACGGCCAGACCUUCUUCUGGAGCAUUAUCACCCGGAGAUCGGUGCAGCGUGCUGGAACCCGACUUUUCUGCAGAGGCAGCGACGAGCAGGGUCAUGUUGCAAACUUUGUGGAGACCGAGCAGAUAGUGGAGUUUAACGGUCAGUUCACAGGAUUCGUGCAGACGCGCGGAAGCAUGCCCUUCCACUGGCACCAGCUGCCCAACCUGCGGUACAAACCGAGACCCGUAUUGGUUCCGGGCAAAGAUCACCAGGCUGCUUGCACUCUGCACUUUAACGAGCAAGUGAAGCUAUACGGCGAUAAUGUGGCUGUGAACCUAGUGGAUCACAAAGGAGCCGAGGGCGAACUGGAGGCAACUUAUGCCCGUCUAAUUCGGGAAAUGGGAAACUCACGAGUAAGAUACGAAUCUUUUGACUUCCAUAGCGAAUGCCGGAAAAUGCGCUGGGACCGGCUAAACAUACUCAUCGAUCGCCUUGCUCACGAACAGGAUCAGUUCGGCAUCUAUCAUGUCUUUGAUGACGGAAAGCUAGUAUCUACGCAGACGGGCGUCUUCCGAACUAAUUGCAUCGACUGUCUGGACAGGACGAAUGUGGUGCAGAGCAUGCUAGCCCGGAGAUCCCUCACGGCGGUGCUCCAAAAGUUGGGAGUGCUUCAUGUGGGUCAGCGUGUGGAGCAGGCCUCGGCAAUAUUCGAGAGCAUUUUCAAGGGCGUUUGGGCAGACAACGCGGAUUUAGUGUCGCUGCAAUAUUCAGGAACGUGUGCGCUUAAGACGGACUUCACCAGGACGGGCAAGAGGACCAAGGCUGGUGCUCUUCAGGAUGGAAAGAACUCGCUGAUGCGUUAUUAUCUAAACAACUUUGCUGAUGGCCAACGACAGGAUAGCAUGGAUUUGUUCCUUGGCAAGUAUCUGAUCAACGACAACGAGGGUGGUGCCGUGCCAUCGCCACUGGAGUCCAAGCAUGGAUGGCGGUUCUUUACAUUCCCAUCUGUGCUGCUGAUGGCCGUGGCCAUGUUCAUGAUCACUAUGACCUAUCCGGCCGAGUUCAACACGGAGAACCUCUUGUUUAUGCUCUUCUGGGGAGCCAUGAUCGCCGUGAGCGCCACAGGAAUCCUGCACUACGGAGUCGAGUUCGUGCAGUGGCCGCGGCUUUUUCCGCCCUUCUCCUUUCGAAACCCAUGACAUUAGUGUCGUGUAGCAGAGUCGGUGACAUCUACCUCUGCAGCUUAAACAGUCAUAUUCCUCCAAAAAAUAUCUUGUAAAACAAUUUCUGUAAUCGACUUGAUAUCUUCUCAAUUUCUGUUUGUUUUAUUGUGUUUUUGUUUAGUUGUAAAACCCCCAAACUCAUUCCUCUCUGCAACAUGUUAGUUAUUAUAAACACAACACUUAGGCGAGCUUUUGGCGGUUGGAAAUGAUGAAGGAUGGGUUUUCAGUUGGUGGGAAUUGGAUUUGUCAAGGCGCCGCUUAUUAACUGCGAUUCAAUGCAAUGUAGAUCAAUCACUUUUGUAGAAACAUUUUAUGACAUUAAAUAAAGUAUUUUACGCAUUGCUAGAAAACCUCA